UCACGUCGCUGGUGGUGGCUCGCGAUUCGCCACCGGCGGGAGCGGCAGCAAGAGGAUCAGCUGGGCUUCGCCCGUCUCCUCCCCUUCGGCCUUUCGUCCCACGAAAUCAGCUCCCUCCGAGACCGUACUAAGGAUAUCCUAAGCGUGGUUGUGGCUCUGCUCUUUGGCGUGGGCUGUGGAGCUCUCACUGCCGCCACCAUGUACCUGGUCUGGUCGCUCUUUGCCGUCCGCUCUGCUGCCUACUACGACGAAUUGUACGACGAUGAGGAAGAAGAAGAAGAAGAAGAUGCUAAGAAGAUAGGUUAUGUUAAAAUCCCCGAAGCUGAGAAAGUGGCUGCCCCUGCUAAAGCUGUGGUAUGA